AUGACAUCCAUAACACGACCAGUCGUCGCUAUCGCUGGAGCCACCGGACAUCUAGGCAAGCACGUCACAACAGCCUUCCUCUCCUCCCUCUUCCAAGACAAAUUCUCCGAGAUAAUCCCCCUCUCGCGAAACGAGUCAUGUCUCUUCCAACCCUCCUCAUCCCAAGGCGUAAAACUCACAGCACGCCGCUACAACGAGAGCAACAUCGAAGAAGCCCUCCAAGGCAUCCAAAUCCUCGUAAACACAAUCGGACCCGCAGGCCACGACUUCAAAACAAAGCUCACAGCCGCCCUCCCCAAAACCAACAUCCGAGUCUACUUCCCCUCCGAGUUCGGCGUCGACCACUACGGUCAUGACUUCGCCCACCUGGAGUGGAACGAGAAGAAGAAGCACUUCGCGAACACGCAGCACGUCCUCACGCACAUGAAGAUCUGCCGCGUAUUCCGCGGCCUGUUCCUAGAAGACAGCAUCGGGCCAUGGUUUGGUCUCGACACCCAGAACGGGAAGUAUACUAGUGUUAGGUCGUUCCGCACGCCGGUGUCUUUUACCUCGCCUGGCGAUGUCGGCAGGACCGUUGCUUCGCUGGCGACUCUUCCUACAGAGGAGAUUCCGGAUGUUGUUCAUGUUAGUGGUGACUCACGCUCGAUUGUGGAGAUUGCGGGGAUUAUGGAGUCUGCUGGUGCGGGACACAUUGAUAUUGACUGCCUCCCGUAUGAGAAAUAUAAGGCGGAGACUACUGUUGAGCCUUCAUGGCGUCCAGCUGCUUAUCUAUGGUUUCUAAUGGGUGAUAGAGGUAUUGCUCAUAGUACUGCUUUUCUUGGGGCCGAUAAUGAGCUUGCUAACCCUGGUCAACGACUAUGGAAGUGGAAGACUAUACAGGAUUUGGCGGAGGAAACUAAUGGGCAGUCUGUAAAAGAUGUUGUAUGGCCUCGUCAUAAGUAG